AUGAGAGUAACAGAUGUCCGUCGAAGUGAUAUGCCUGGCCCCAAGGUCUAUGUGAGUGUCUUGUCACCAGUUCCCGUCUCUGAAUUGCGCUGCACUGUCUACGGCAUAAUAUUUUUUGGAAACCUGUGGUGGGGUGACCGGGAGCUCCCUAAGCAGAAGGGCUUGACUCAGUACAGCAUGUCACCCAUGAGGCAGCGCGCCACUCACAACUUGUUCCGUAACUGGAUCUUCAACGGUUACCGCCGACUCUCCGGCCAGAUGCCAUAUUGGAUCAUUCCAUUUGCUAUUGCGUCAUGGUCGGCCGCCGAGCGGCUAUCGUUCGGUUACGGCACUUAUUCGUGGGCCAAGCGCUACGACGCGUAUCUCAACAGCAAAGCGGGUCACAUUGCGGCGCAUGGAGGGCACUAA